CCCAUUGGCACAGCCUCUGGUGCAGCGGCGGCGGCUCCUAUUUCUGCCGCAUCUCUUUCCCCGCCUUCCCUCCCCACCAGAUCCUAGAGUUGCCUGCUAUGGCUUUACUCACUGCGGCCGCAUGGCUCUUGGGAGCCAAGAACGCAUCCUGUCUUGUUCUUGCUGGCCGGCAUGCCAGUGCUUCUUCCACGAAUUUGAAACAUGUAUUGGCCAACCUGAUACCUAAGGAGCGGGCCAGAAUUCAGGCGUUCAGGCAGCAACAUGGCAAGACAGUGGUGAGCCAAAUCACUGUGGACAUGAUGCAUGGUGGCAUGAGAGGCAUUAAGGGACUUGUAUGUGAAACAUCAGUUCUUGAUCCCGAUGAGGGCAUCCGUUUCAGAGGCCAUAGUAUCCUGCCUGUAAAUAAAAACGUAUCAGAGGCUAAGGGUGGGGAGGAACCCCUGCCUGAGGGCUUAUUUUGGCUGCUGGUAACUGGGCAGAUCCCAACAGAGGAACAGGUAUCUUGGCUUUCAAAGGAGUGGGCAAAGAGGGCAGCUCUGCCUUCUCACGUGGUCACAAUGCUGGACAACUUUCCCACCAAUCUGGAUCCGAUGUUUCAACUCAGUGCAGCCAUUACAGCCCUCAAUAGUGGUAACUUUGCCCGGGCAUAUGCUGAGGGUAUUAACCAAACCAAGUACUGGGAGUCAAUCUAUGAAGAUUGUAUGGAUCUCAUUGUAAAACUACCUUGUGUUGCUGCAAAGAUCUACUGGAAUCUCUACCGGGAGGGCAGCAGUAUUGGGGCCAUUGAUUCUAAGCUGGACUGGUCCCACAAUUUCACCAACAUGUUAGGCUAUACUGAUGCUCAAUUCACUGAGCUCAUGCGUUUAUACCUCACCAUCCACAGUGACCAUGAAGGUGGCAAUGUAAGUGCCCAUACCAGCCACUUGGUGGGCAGUGCCCUUUCAGACCCGUACCUAUCCUUUGCAGCAGCCAUGAAUGGGCUGGCAGGGCCUCUUCAUGGACUGGCCAAUCAGGAAGUACUUGUUUGGCUAACACAACUACAGAAGGAAGUUGGCAAAGAUGUGUCAGAUGAAAAGUUAAGAGACUACAUCUGGAACACACUCAAUUCAGGACGGGUUGUCCCAGGCUAUGGUCAUGCAGUACUAAGGAAGACAGGUCCACGAUAUUCCUGUCAGCGAGAGUUUGCUUUGAAACACCUGCCUAAUGACCCUAUGUUCAAACUUGUUGCUCAGUUGUAUAAGAUUGUGCCCAAUAUCCUCUUGGAGCGGGGAAAGGUCAAGAAUUCUUGGCCAAACGUAGAUGCGCACAGCGGGGUGCUUCCAUAUUAUGGCAUGACGGAGAUGAAUUACUACACGGUCCUCUUUGGGGUGUCACGGGCACUGGGUGUGCUGGCACAGCUCAUCUGGCGCCGAGCCCUAGGCUUCCCUUUAGAAAGGCCCAAGUUCAUGAGCACAGGUUUGAUGAAGUUUGUGGACUCUAAGUCAGGGUAA